AUGACAUCUCUGGAACUGUUUGGACGAGAAAAGGAAGUAUCAACUCUAAAGUCCUGUUUUCAACGACUGGUGAAUACUGGGCCCGAAGGUAUUGUGACAGAUGGAGAUGUCACAAUGACCGAGUGCUUCCUCAAAUCUGAAAUAGACAAAGAGCUGGUCUUACUAGCAGGGCAAUCAGGUUCAGGAAAAUCAGCCUUGAGUCGGAGUGUCAUCAAGGAUGUCAACAACCUGGACAAUGCACUGUUCGUGGAGGGAAAGUUUGAUUUGAUUACCAGUAACGAGCCAUAUUCAGGUGUCGCAAGGGCAUUCAGCACAAUCUGUCGGCAUCUGCUAUCUCAUUCGGAAGAAUCCAUUACUGCUGUCGGAAAAUUGCUAUCAAAGGAACUCGAAGAUGAAGUGUGCAACCUUAUUCCAUUGAUUCCAGAGCUCAAGACUGUCGUCGGGCCAUAUGUUGGUUCAAAGCGAAAUACAGGGAACGGCAUGCCGCAGGGCAGCCUCGAAAGCAGACAAAAGAGAUGGAAGUAUGCCUUCAGAUUGUUAAGCAGAGCAUUGAACUCUGUUUUUUCUCCCAUCGUCCUUGUGUUAGACGAUUUACAGUGGGCUGAUGUAUCAUCAUUGCAAGUCAUCGAUUAUCUGGUCUCAGACAUGCAAAACCCAAAUCGAUUGAUGAUAAUUGGAUGUUAUCGAUCUGAAGAAGUCGAAGAUGGGGACAUAUUAUCGAGCAACAUCGAGAUCCUGAAGGAAAGACAACAAAAGUAUGGCUUCAACUUGACCGAAAUGAAAAUCAAUAGCUGUCAACUGGAUGAUGUGAACAAGAUCAUAAUGAAAAAGCUUUCCAUUGAGGAUAAAAAUGAGACUUUGCAGCUAGCGCAGAUAUGUUACAAACGAACAUUGGGGAAUGCGUUCUUCGUGCUUCAGUUUAUGGCAAUGCUUGAGAAAGAAGGAUUAUUGGAAUUCAAAAAGAGCAAGUCCAAAUGGAUUUGGGAUAUGGACAAGAUCAAAGCUCGAGCAAAUUACAUGUCCGAUGUGGUAGACUUGCUACAAGGUCGUAUGGAAAGGAUGUCAGAUGAAAUGAAGCUAUUGUUACAAUAUGCGGCUUGUCUGGGGACAAGCUUCACUGUGCCUACGAUCGACAUUGUAUGGAAGCAGCACGGUACAGAUGACUCCGAGAAUACGUCUGAUGUUGUAGCGUUGCUGCGUGAAAUGGAGGACGAGGCCUUCAUUGAGAAAUAUGGUGACAAUGGGUAUAAAUGGGUCCACGACAAGGUUCAAGAGGCAGCCAUUUCGUUGACCGACAUUGUCAACGACGCGUUCAAAUUCAAGAUCGGCAAGACUUUGGUGUCGGCCCUGAACGGCAAACAAAUGGACAGAAAGCUCUUCGAUGUAGUGGAUAUGAUCAACCAUGGCUGUGUCAGCGCCAGACCAGAUCUUGCAGCUCUGAAUCUACGGGCAGCGGAGAAGGCGGAGGGGCUAAGCGCAUUCGAAAGUGCAAAGAGUUAUGUGCAAUGUGGCAUUGCAUUGUUACCAAGAGACUGCUGGACGUCUCACAAAGAUCUGACUUUGGCGUUGUAUUAUUUGGGCACAAAGAUGCAGCUUGCUCUUGACAAUCGCGAAGCCGCCACGACUUUCUCCGACGCUGUGUUCGCCAGGGAAAAUAUAAGUGUAAUGGAGAGGCUGCCUUUGAGUAUGGCAUUUAUUGAAAAGCUAAGUGCUGGAGAAGCUGGUGCGAAGAAGGAGGCCCUGGAUAUGAGCUUGAACCUGCUGAACGAGUUGAAUUAUCCUCUUGUAUGGAGCAAGAAAACUGUCGCCAUCCAGGCAAUUCACAAUCUACUCAAGACGAUGAAAGCGACCAAGAAGUGGGCUGAGAAGAAUGAAAAAGACGCAUUGAUGAGCGCGAUGACCGACCCAAGACUUCUUGCAAUCACUAGGCUGCUAGCUCACGUUGGGUACAACAGCUAUCACUUGGAGCAAAUUUACCUCUCUACGCUGGGAAUUUGCCACCAAGUGAAUAUGAGUCUCAAGCAUGGCAAGAACGAUCUGUCUGGGAUUGCGUUGGUCAACAUCGGUUUUAUGUCUUGGGCUGUUCUGAAGGAAGACUUCAGUGUUGCCUCGUCCACCAUUGAAAAAUCCUUGCUGAUACAAGAUACCUUGGAUCCACAAUAUGAAGGCCAAGCAAGAUGGAUUGCAUAUGUUCUUUGUUUGUACUGGAAUCGGGCAUUCGACAAUCACGUAGCCCUGGAGUGCUACAAGAGUGCAAUGCGAGUUGGAGACACCGAGUACGCAACUUACAGCCUCGCCCUCGCCUACGUUUGGUUGCCGUAUGCCAGCGGGAAACCACUAGCGACGGCGAUGAACGAGUGUCCCAAGCUUAUCCUUCACUUCAAUGAGUUGCAGCAAGCGGAGCAAACGACAAGUGUGAAGAUGUACUUCCAAAUGAUGGCCAGCCUCACAAAAAACACUGAUGUUGUCCCAGAGCUUGAAGGGUCGAUCUUUAGCCGAAAAAGAGAUAGUGUUAGCACUGCCCCACUUCAAGCUACCCUUCACUUCUUGGAAGGUGAAUUGCUUAUACUAUCAAAUAUGGAUCUUGCCGCACAGCGCGCUCUUCGAGAUGGCGAUAAGUAUCAAAAGCUCGGUCCUGGGGUCUUUCUUGGAAUGAUAGAAAUGUUCCACAGAGGCAUUGCCUUGUUUGCAGCCGCUCGACGACACAAAAAGAGAAAGUACAGAACCAAUGCAAACAAGAUUCGCAAGACUGUCAAACAGUGGAUCAAGGAUGGCAAUCCCAAUGUCGAGCACUAUGACUUGCUGCUAGACGCUGAACAUGCUGCCUUGAGCUCCAAGACGUAUGCUAAGGCCCACAAACUGUAUCAAGCAUCGAUCGAAUCGGCUAUCAAAAUAGGCCACUUGAUGCACAGUGGUUUGUGCAAUGAGCGAUACGCAGACUUUUUGUUGCAUACUUGCUCGGAUGGUGCAGUGCAUCGAAUGACCGAAGCGAUUCGAUUCUAUGGGGAAUGGGGCGCUGUGGGAAAGGUCAAUCAAUUGAAGCAUCAAAUCAGGGGUAUUGAUGGUAGUAAGGAAGCUUGUAAAACAACAACGGAACCAGGUUCAUCUGGUUCAUGUCAUGAUUUGUAG